UUCUUGCGUUCGUGACGUAGCACUUCAUUUACGCAUUUUGCGCAGUCCGGACUCCGGAGCUGAUAGGUCAGAGGUCAUCUUUAAAAUGGCGUCUGGUGGUCGCGCGCCUCCCGCUCCAAGUGGUGUAACGCCUCGGGUCGAGGUAGCAGCACGGGCUUUAGUUCAAUUAAUAGCCAGGGAGUUGUCUGCGACUCCAACUCCACCAGAAGUGAGCAUAGCAGAGAGUGCACCGGUCAGCGUAGCAGUCAGGGCGGUAGACAGCGUCCAAUCCCACAAUGAUGUCAGGGUGAGGCAGGCGAUGAGAAGGCAAUUCCCAAGUAUGUUCAGUACUGAUCAGCCAAGAGGCAAAAGACGAUUUCCCACCCCGGCUCCUUGCAUCGUCAAACGGACGGACUUUCACAUAUAUGUCCUUUCGGGACCCUGUCAGUUUACACCUAAGGGCUCGGAAGAGCUACCACUUGCCUAUGCUGGCCUUGGAAAGAGGAUGCUAAAUCUACCGGACAACUUAUUGCACAGUGAGACUAUGGCUUCGGUUGAGGAAGAAUUUCCAAAACUGAAAACAUUAAAAGGAGGCUGGAUGUUUUUCAAGUCAGCAGGUGGUAGUGGACGUCGAAAGCUGUCCAUAAUUCCUACUGACUCCGAGGGGUACUCCACAAGGCUCCUCAAAACAGCGUCCAACAACGGAAAAAACAUUGUGUUUGUAAUUCCACUACAGGAGCAACUUUCUACCGAACCACUACCCUAUGACUCGGCAGAGUUUGCAAAGAUGCCACAGUCAACCUGCAUAACAUGUGGCAGUCAAAUGCCUUUGCAGCUGUUGCCUUUACAUGUGGAGGAAUGUAAUGACAUAUUGACUGAGAGUGAAUCUGGGACUUCUCUUGAUGAAGUGAUUGAGCAGCCAAAUCCACCUAACACAGGGAUGGGAGAAUUGUCAGAGGUUUGCCCUAUAUGUCUUGAAUCUUACCCAAUUGAUGUCCUCUCAUUUCAUGCAAGCACAUGUGGUGAAGGAAUGGACCCUGCUCAUCAUAGCGAUGCAGCCAGUAUGACAAGGACAGAGGAAAUGCCAGGACCUUCAGUUCAACGAUUGCCAGCAACAGUUUCAGCAGGUUAUUUAUUCAGAACAAUUACUGCUGUGGUGUAGUUUGAAACAGUGACUACUCACAAACACUUAAAUAGCAAUGAUCACCAAAAUGAAUGUUGUUACAUGUUUGAUCCAGUAAUAUGGAAAGGA